AUGGGGGCCCAGCAUUACACACUAAACUUCAUGAUCUCUUUGUCUGCUGCUGGGAACAAGGCAAACCACAGGAUCUGUCACUCUAUAAUGAUCACCCUGUAUAAGGACAAAGAAGAAAAGUCAUACUGCUCCAACUAUCCGAGGAUAACACUGUUCUCCGUUGCAGGAAAAAUUCUUGGAAGGGUACUUUUGGACAGAGUGGUAUUCACCAUUGCAGAAAAACUCUUUCCAGAGAGCCAAAGCAGCUUCAGAGCUAGGAGGAGCAUCACCAACUUGGUAUUUGUUCUCAGACAGAUCCAAGAAAAAUGUCGGGAACAGAACAAGGCAUUGUACAUUACAUUCAUUGUUCUCACCAAAGCGUUUGACACUGUGAGCAGAAAAGGUAUGUGGCAAAUCUUGGAAUGCCUAGGAUGUCUCCCUAAGUUCCGCAAUAUGAUCACACAGCUACACAAAGAUCGAUAUGACUAG